AUGACCAUCACGUUCUUCUGCGCCGUGUUUUUGAACUGUAACGUGUGGGCCAUGUACGGUGCACAGAUUACGGCGGCGCCUGUGAUCAUCUGCAAUACAAUCGGCGGCGCCAUCGCCGCCUACUGCAUCCUCACCUUCCUGACGGUGGCCCGUAUUGAGGAGAAGUCGGGGCGUGUUCUCCAAUCCACGACCUACCGCCUCGCGCUCAUGACGACGUUGUUCACCUGUUUGUUGGUCGUCUGCAUUAUGAUUCUCAUGUUGUGUCUCAUGAACUUCAAGAGUCUUUUUCUAUCGUCGCAGCUCAACGGCAUCAUGGGCGGCUUCUGCUCCGUUUUCAUGCUCAGCUCCCCGCUCGGCAUGGCGAAGGACAUCAUCAAGAGCAAAAACGCGGAGUCCCUGCAGCCCGUGACGGUGGCAUCGGCAACGGUGAACAGCAUCCUGUGGACCCUGUACGGCGUGCUGAGGCUGGACAUCUACAUCGCGCUGCCAAACGCGCUGUGCACGCUGGCCUGCUUCUUUCAGAUCUUCCUGCUCAUGCGGUACGGCCGCCACCCGUCCAUGUUGUUGACGGUGAUGAUGGGGGAGCCGACCAUGCACACCGACGCCACCGUGGCGGAGACGGAGAUGAUGUCGAGAAAGCUCACCAUUGUGCUUCCGCGUCGAAGGGAGCAAUACUCGCUGCGGUUUCAGCAAAAGAAGAUAAGAGGAAGAAAAGGAAAAAGGGGAAAAACAUGA